AGCCGGAAGUAACGACGAGAUCUCGUGCUGUAACGCGGAAUAAAAAAUGCAGCUCGCGGGUGAAUUGUGAUGCAUAGCGUUAUAAUAGCGUUGUAACACUUGUGCGGCUGUUGUGAAGUGUUCACACACACCUACACGUGCACGCGCGCCACUACAGAAGGGGCAGCACCUGAGCGCGCGCUGUUAAUUGGUUACCGGUGAACUUUGUGACUUGAUGCACGAGCAGCGGAACCGCAGCACGCGCACAUUCACCGAAAAACGACUGGACUUAGCAGCGCAUUCCAUCGUUUUCUGUUAGCAGGACACUACACUAGGCAUGACUGAGAAACGGGUCUCUCGCUGGUACUUCGGCGGCAUCGCCUCGUGCGGAGCGGCGUGUUGCACGCACCCGCUGGACCUGGUCAAGGUUCACCUGCAGACACAGCAGGAGGUGAAGAUGAGGAUGAUGGGGAUGGCGAUGCAGGUGGUGAAACACGAUGGUGUUCUGGCGCUUUAUAAUGGCCUCAGUGCCUCUCUUCUCAGACAGAUGUCUUACUCUCUGACCAGGUUUGCUAUUUAUGAGACAGUAAGGGACAUGAUGGGCAGUCAGGGGCCGAUGCCCUUCUACCAGAAAGUCCUGCUGGGGGCAUUCGGAGGUUUUACAGGAGGUUUUAUUGGGACACCAGCAGACAUGGUUAACGUCAGGAUGCAGAACGACAUGAAGCUUCAGCCCGAGCUCAGGAGGAACUAUAAGCACGCUCUGGAUGGCCUGUACCGGGUUUGGUACGAGGAGGGAACAAGGAAGCUGUUCUCAGGAGCCACCAUGGCGAGCAGCAGAGGUGCUCUGGUGACUGUAGGACAGUUGGCAUGUUAUGAUCAGGCGAAGCAGCUGGUGUUGUCCACUGGUUUCCUGGGAGACAACAUUCUCACUCACUUCCUGUCCAGCUUCAUAGCUGGAGGAUGUGCUACAUUUCUGUGUCAGCCGCUGGACGUGAUAAAGACACGACUGAUGAACUCUAAAGGAGAAUACAGGGGAGUGCUGCACUGUUUGUCUGAGACCGCCAAACUGGGACCACUGGCCUUCUACAAGGGUUUAGUUCCAGCAGGAAUCCGGUUGAUCCCUCACACGAUUCUGACCUUCAUGUUUCUGGAGCAGUUGAGGAAGCACUUUGGCAUCCUGGUGAUCAGCUGAGCCCAAGCUUUGACCUUUGACCCUUUUGACCACUCUGGACUGAGCUGGAUCUGGAACAUGUUCUCUUAAACACACACACAGACACACACACACACACACACACACACACACACACACACUCCUUAAAGCAAAGGGCAUUAUAUAUACGAAUAUGCACAAGAAUGGGAACACACACUGGAACAAACAAAUCAACACUUGUGUUUUUGAAGUAUGAAAUGUGUGUGUGUGUGUGUGUGUGUGUGUGUGUGUGUGUGUGUGUGUGUGUACGUGGCCUCUGUUGUGCCUCUGUGUCUCAAACCACAGCAUGUAGACAACAGUGUACUACAACACACCUGUGAAGCUAAUGAUCAGCCUAUGACCCAUACACACACACACAGUGUGGUGUACUGUCCAUUUAUUACACUGCAUAAAGUAUUGGCACCCCAUCCUUUAACUGACAGAAUAUAACCACCGUGCAGAUGUUCCACGACUCGAAGAGCCAAAUUAAAUGCACCAUUUCAAAAGUUCAACCUUCCUCCUAACAUCUCAGUAAUCUACUUUCUAGUUUUAUGACGUUUAAUAAUAAUAAUAUUAUUAUUAAUAAUAAUAAUAAUAAUAAUAAUAAAAAAGGAUGAUAUUUCAGCGUAAAGUGUUGCGUUCAAACUGCUUCCAUUUGGUUUUACAUUAUUCUCAAAUCAUCUUUUAUUAGUCCGUAAAUAUUAAAGUUCACUGACCUUAAAAAUAGACUUUUAUUAACUCUGUCUAUGAAUAUUAGAUAUGAUGCCAUGAGGAAGGAAGAAACCUGAGGUUUUUUUAAAGGUGCUGCGUGUUGAGACCUUGUGAAGAAAACACUAGGCACUACAUCGAUUAUAUCUUACUGAGCAUGAAACACACCUUCAGGAAUAGAUUUGUUUUUGUAAACAUUUAUAUGAAUAAUUUAUCAUUUAUUAGCUUAUUAAUUUAUUAUUAAUUAUCAGUUUGAUGCCUGAUUGACUCACUGAUCCUGUACUCAAUACUUUUCACUGCCUGACAUUAAUGGCCUGCAGUCAGUAAUCACAGACCUACAGAAUGAUCCGUAGCUGAAUAUUGAGAUUUUAUCCUGAAGCUCUGAGUGUGAGUCAGAGCAAAAGUUUAUUUCAGGUUUAUUUAAAAAUGAGAAAGAGAAAAAAAAACACAUGAAUAAUUCAGAUUCAGAACUGCAUCGGUUUCUUCACUGUAUCGUAAUUUUUCACUGCUUCGUUUAUCAAGUACUUGAGACUAAAGACGUUUACUAUAAUUCCAACCCUCGUGGGUUUGACGCCGAUAUUAAACCGGUUUACUUGAUGUGUGUGUGAAUGUGGAUCAGCUGUAAGAUCAGGACCAAUCUGUACUGGAGAAUGAAUUCAUUUUGAAUAACGCUGUAUGUUAAAUACACAGGAAGUGACGAAUGUGACGUUUUCCUGUCAGGCUGCUCAGUGCUGAUGGUUUACCUGAAACUGUAGAUAAUUCAGUGAAUAAAUCUGUACUAAUGAGAAUGAUCUUCAUUCUAUUCGUGUUUAAACUAAAGAUACAAAAUGUAGAGAAAAGAUUUUAAAAGAUUUUACAUUAAAGGAAAGAGUUUAUUGAACAA